ACCCUACAGUGUAUGACUCGUUGAUGGAUAGGGCGAAGUGAUACUGCAGGAUUUCUUCCUGCCUGAAUUAAUAUGGCUGCUUAAGCGACUACGGUGGCUGCGAAGGGACAGCGCACGUGACCGGAGAAAUGUGCAUGGUUGCUGGGAGCAAUGCUUAGGCUGAGUUAAAUGAAAUAGAAUCAACUCUCGGAGGAAGAGCUGGAGAGGAAGGAUUUGUUCUGUCCUUGCUAUUUCUUUUUUGCUUCCCGGAACCAUGCAUCGGCUGCGUCCCCUUUACAACCCCCUAUUGUUAGUUUCCCGCAGAGCAGGAGCUAAGCCUUGGGGCAGAUGUAUUUCCUGCACUUUGAGAUUCAAUCACGCGAACCCCGCAGAUUUCAAUAGCUUUGUCGCCCGGACCAAAACUUGUGGAGAAUUACGCUCUGCUCAUGUGGGUCAAGAGGUCACCUUGUGUGGAUGGAUUCAGUUUCAGAGACAGGGGCAGUUCGUGGUUUUGAGAGACUUCCAGGGACUCACCCAAAUUAUCAUUCCUCAGGACGAGGAUGCUUCCCAUUUAAAGAAGGUCUUGUGCAAUGCUCCUGUUGAGUCUGUUGUGAGAGUGACCGGAACUGUUGUCUCCAGGCCUCCAGGCCAAAACAACCCUAGAAUGCCGACAGGUGACAUUGAAGUGAAAGCAGAAGCAGCAGAGGUCCUGAAUUCCUGUAAGAAGCUCCCCUUUGAAGUGAAAGAUUUUAUAAAGAAAAAUGAGUCCUUGCGAAUGCAGUAUCGCUAUCUGGAUUUGCGUAGUGUCCAGAUGCAAUACAACCUGCGGCUGAGAUCCCAGAUGGUGAUGAGAAUGCGGGAGUACCUCUGCAAUCAUUAUGGGUUUGUGGAUAUAGAAACUCCAACACUGUUCAAGAAGACUCCAGGGGGUGCAAAGGAAUUUGUGGUACCCUCACGGGAGGCUGGAAAGUUCUACUCACUGCCCCAGAGUCCUCAGCAGUUUAAGCAGCUAUUGAUGGUAGGAGGCCUGGACAGGUACUUUCAAGUUGCCCGCUGCUAUCGAGAUGAAGGCUCAAAGCCAGACAGGCAACCGGAAUUCACUCAGAUUGACAUUGAGAUGUCAUUUGUAGACCAAGCUGGGAUUCAGGCUCUGAUUGAGGGCUUGCUUCAGUAUUCCUGGCCUGAGGAAAAGGGACCUAUUGCAGCACCCUUCCCUUCAAUCAGUUAUGCUGAGGCACUGGCCAUUUAUGGGACUGACAAGCCAGACACUCGCUUUGGAAUGAAGAUUGUUGAUGUCAGUGAUGUGUUCAGGAAUGUGGAAGUUCGAUUUCUGCAGAAGUCUCUCAGUGAGCCCCAUGGCACAGUCAAAGCCAUUUGUCUUCCCCAAGGAGCGAAAUACCUUCAGAAUAAAGAUUUGGAAUCCUUAAAUGGAUUGGCUAAUUCCCAGUUUAACCAGGGAAUAAUACACUUCAUUUUGAGGGAAGAUGGUGCCAUGAAGUCCCAACUCAGUAAGCUCCUGAAUGAGAAGCAGGAAUUGGAGUUCAUCAGAGCUGUUCAUGCCCAUGUAAAUGAUGUGGUGUUGCUGGCAGCUGGAGAGCAUGAGAAAGUGUGCUUGACAUUGGGAAAAUUGCGCUUGGAAAGUGCUGACCUUCUGGAAGCAAGAGGCCUGCUACUUCGUGACCCCUCUGCUUUUCACUUCCUGUGGGUGAUGGAUUUCCCACUCUUCCUCCGAAAAGAAGAAAGCCCUGGAGAACUGGAAUCUGCUCACCAUCCUUUCACUGCACCCCACCCUUCUGAUGAGCACCUCCUCUAUACGGAGCCUGCAAAGGUCCGUGGUCAGCACUAUGACCUAGUGCUGAAUGGUAGUGAGAUUGGAGGCGGCUCUAUUCGAAUCCACAAUGCGAAGCAGCAACGUUUUAUUCUUGAGAGAGUGCUGAAGGAAGAUACUAAGGUGCUUUUUCACCUCCUUGAAGCUCUGGACUGUGGAGCGCCCCCUCAUGGAGGAAUUGCAUUAGGGCUUGACAGACUGAUCUGUCUCCUGGUUGGAGCUCCAAGUAUUCGAGAUGUCAUUGCCUUUCCCAAAUCCUUCAAGGGAAGAGACCUGAUGAGCAAUGCUCCAGAUUAUGUUGCUCCAGAAGAGCUUGAGCCAUACCAUGUCCAGGUUUUAUGGCCUUUAGCACAAGCAAAGGCUGACACUAGCUGAGAACCACCUGGCCCCACUAUAGAGUAUACUCCAGUUCUUAGAUUCUGCUGUAUUUUGGUAACUGAUGGAUGCAUCUGCACUUCAGGACUUUUCACAUUGCAGUAUGCUGUUGGCCUUGUCUGCUGAUUUAUGUUCUGUUGCAGGAUGGAUAUUUGUAUAUAGAUGGAUGCCCAUUAAAUAGAAUUGAAAUUUAGACCCCCUGUACUGAGGUCUGAAAAUGUCACUAAAGGAAAAUAUGGACCAUGACCACUUAUUUAUCAAGAAAAGAUACAGUACUAUAGAUAGUAAAAGUGCACUUUAAGACUCAAAUGUGUUGGAUGCUGUUUUUUGGAGCCUCUCAGGUUGCAAAGUGGAAAUUACUGUCACCUUCAGUUAUCAAAAAGCUUGAUCUGAAUCCAACACUUUUCAAAUAUGAAUGAAUUAUAUCUGGAUGUGAGUCAUGAUGUUGUAUGAAGAGAUUACUUCAUACAGCUUAAAGAAUAAGUUUUGCAGACUAGCUAUUUGCACAUGAAGCUGUACAUGCCUGAAUUUACAUAGGGAAUCAAUCUAAUGCAAUGCCAUCAAGAUUUUUUGCUAGACAGGAGCCAUGAGCAACUCUUGAGUCUGGUUUUUUGAUAAAUAGCAGCUCAGUGCACUUGGCUACUUGAGACCAGAUGUCCCCACUCCUGGGCUUGACCCCUCUGGCACCAUCACUGGAUUUCCCAACACUUACUGCAUUUAUACAGCUUGUAUUAACCUUGUCUGUUAAAGCAACCAACAAAUGACACUAAGGUGAGUGACUUGAGCAAGAACAGGGCCUAUUUUCUGGCCACUAUACUUGGUUUAAAUUGUGGACCCUUUGACAGGGAGGACAUCCAUAACUAAGCACUCAGUGAUGCUUAAUAAAAUAGUGCAGUGAAAAUUGAUUUCAGCCCCCACAUACUAAGGCAUAGCUGGUUCAGGACCAUACACAGCAGUCACUCUAAAAUGAUCUGAUGGAAUCAGCCUUUAGUUCAUUUGAGACUUGUAGGUGCAUUUUUGCUGAAGGUGAGAAGUAAAUGCUGUAAAUGUGAUGUAGGCCAACUACAUUCUAUAAAAGUGUGGCCUACACAGACCCCAUAGCUUGACUUCUGCUUCUGGACAAGUUUUGCGCUACCACAAGGACUUGGCCCAAUGAUGUUUAAAAAAACCUACUUCACAGGGUUGUUAAAGAAACUCAAGUAUGUAGUACUCCGCUUUGGGCUCCUUGGAGGAAAAGUGGGAUAUAAAUGUAAAAAUAAUAGUUGUGCUAGUAUAAUAAUGUUGACAUCUUCCAUAAUCUUUGUUGCACUAGUACAACCCCAGUCUGGGUUUUUAAACUUCUGACAUGCAAAUUCCAGCUGAAUGUAAGUAGCUGACAAUAGAACCAAACCUUGCGUACUUCGGUACUAGACUAUAACUCCCAUCAUCUGAGGAUGGGAGUUUUAAUCCAACAAUGUAUAGGGACCCAAACUCCUGAGUGGUUAGGUUGUCCCUUGCUGAAAAUCCUUAAGAGGCUUGACAAUGAACUCUGAGAAUUGAACUAGAUAGCCUAUUAGACUCCCUCCAAUUCUGUGACUGGUAUUUCUGGUUUCCAAUUGAAUACAGCUAUCUGAUUAUUA